UCGAAACAAGCGCCAAUCCGGAUUGGUCUCUUGUAUCAGGAGCGUUAACUCAACUUGAUAUCAGCCCUGAUGAUAUUCUCUGGGGUGUGAACAGUGCAGAUAAUAUUUACAUACGAAAUGGAAGCGGAUGGUCUCAAGUUGGUGGUGCUUUGAAACAUGUAACGGUUGGUAAAGCUGGGGUUUGGGGAGUGAACGCUGGUCGAAACAUUUAUUAUCGUAAUGGAGUGACAUUGAGUAAUCCAAAGGGUUCUUCAUGGACACGUAUACCAGGUGAUUAAUUAAUCAGUUUUAUAUCCAGUCGGUGGCAGAAAAAAUCAGGAGGUCUAGAGAAUGAGAAAUUGUUCAUCCCUGGUGCAAAGUUAUAGUAUUAUUUUCAUCUUACACCAGAACGAUGAUGAGUUAUUAUCAAGCAGCAGUUGUGUAAAACGAAUGUAAGCUUUAUAAAAUGCCUUCAUGUUUUUUGGUUCUAGCUUUUUAAAUUCAUGCAUGAUAUCAUGACAUAGAAUGUUUAAAGUAAAGUUAUGGGCGUGUUACUGUCGUUGCAAUAGAAGUGUUGAUAAAAUAUUGCAACAAUUGCUCAAAAAUUGCUCAACUUCCUGUUUACUGGCAUCACAGAAUAUAAAGGUACACAGAAGGCCGACUUCUUCGUUUUCCUAUUAUAUGAUUUUCCUAUGAUUUUGGCGUAACCCGUAAUUCGUCAUCAAAUGCUGACGCCAUGGUCCUAGCCGGUGCGCGUUUGAGAGGCAUUCACCCCCGUGAUAAUAUUCAAAAUGGCGGAUGUACAGGGGGGGAAUGCCUCUCAAACGCGCACUGGCUGGGACCAUGGCGUCAGCAUUUUGAUGAUUACUCGGUUACUCGAGUCGACCUUCUGUGUACCUUUUAUUAUUAUUAUUAUUAUUAUUAUUAUUGAUCUUUAAACACGGUAACCUUUCACAUAGGUGAUUUUCAAAGGGCCGUGCGGAAAAUAAAUGCAUUAUAAAAGAAGGAACUAAUAAACUAAAUUAUACUUAUUUACAAAAUAUACUUAUUUACUUAUUUACUUAUUUACUUAUUUACAAGAUGUAAUUAUUUAAUAGAUGAUGGACAGAUUUUAAACUUGUUGAUUCUCUUAGGGUUUUCAACAAGUUUACUGGGAUGUUGUUCCAAUACGCUGCUCCUCUGUACGAAAAGCUAUUUUUCAAGAAAUUCGUUUUUGGUUUAGGUUGAGACAGCUUUAAAUUACUACUGCGCAGUACGUAACCAUUGUUUUCGCAAGUGUGAAAUAGUUGUGUUACGUAUUCUGGAAGCAUGCCAUUAAUCGCUUUAAAUGUCAUAAGGAGAUCUCGCUUUUUCAAAACUAAGUCAAGAGGUUUCCAGCUAAGUUUUUGAAAAAUGUCCGAAGAUCUUAUAGUAUAGUCCGAAUUUGUUAUUAUUCUUGCUGCUCGUUUCUGAAGCUUAUAUAAUUUGUCUAAGUGUGUUUGGUUGUUAUUUUGCCAAACAGUUGAACAGUAGUUAAAAUGAGUCGCGACUAAUGCGUUAUACAUAAUUUUGAGCGUAUCUAGGCCAACAAAAUCUUUGGCUUUUCUUAAAAGAUUAAUAUUUUUUGAUAUCUUGUUGCAUUGUUCUUCAUUUUGCCUAUUCCAGCUAAGUCUAUCGUCUAUAACUAUAACUAUAACUGAAACCAGUAAACUAACUAAUAACUGAAACCAGUGAAACGUAAAGCCAUUGGUUGAUUCAAACACACAGGAAGUUGGUCAAUUUUUCAACGAAUGAAUUGAUCAGCUCUAAGUAAUGAAUUGAUGCGAUAUUUUAUCAACACUUCCAUUGCAACGACAGUAAUAGUCAUUUGACUUCAGCGAUUGUUCGAUUUCUGCAGUAGCGCUAGCGGUUAUCUGAUUUCAUCUAUGAGAAAAGUACGUGCGUCUAUAGUUUGACUCUUCAUUGUACUGUUGGCGUUCUUUGCGUACUUUGGCCUCCUCCUUCAGUAAACUGGGUAUAGAUCCAGAUAGACCAACACUUAUUGCCACCAACAGUUCACUCAUUGUUUGUGUACAUGUUUACUGCAGGCUCGCUGAUCCAAAUCGACUCAGGACCUUCCGGAAUUGUGUAUGGUGUAAACCGCCAUCGUCAAAUUUAUUGCCGCAAAGGAAUUUCUUUGAGCAGACCUACAGGAACAACUUGGGUGCGAGUAGGAGGAGCUCUGAAGUAUGUAAGUUGUGGUGUUUAUGGCUGCUGGGGAGUGAACAGUGCUGGUCAAAUUUGGUUUCGUUACGGUGUGACUCCCAAUAACUGCGCUGGAAAAAAAUGGGUUAGAAUAUCAGGCGGCUUGAUUGAGCUAGAGGUAACUAUGCAAUACCUACCUAAUUUUUGUGAUAACCAAUUUGUACAGUAAUAAAGUGAACGUGUGCAGUGAUAAACAGAGUAAAGAUAUGCAGCGAUAACAUUUGUUGUGUUUUCCAAAGAAUCGUGUGCGAUAAAAGCAAAUGAAAUGCAUGCACCGUUUUCAAUAAUUCAGGUUAAAACAUUCUUGUCAUGGUUGCUUUUCAGUGGCCAAGCAUGCAUGGUUGUAUUUGCUGUCAAUCCAAAAAGGCGUCUGCCGUGAUAAGUGAUGUGCUAGUAUACCAUCUUAUCACAAUGCAUGUAUAUUUCUUUUGUGAUUUCUCUUAUAUAUUAGUUCUUAGUAACAGGUAAGUUCUCAUUGUAGAAAAUGUUAAGCAAUGCUCUAGCCUGUACCUUGAGUUUUGAAAAACCGAGCGAUCUUCAGGCUUUCUAAGCAAGUUAAUGGUCUUACCAUAAACUAAUGCGAUGGCAUCUAUUGUAGUCGUGUUUGAAACUAUAUAUUCAAAACACUUGUAUGAUCUAUGAAGUUUUUUAGCGGACAAGAUAUCUGAAAUGUAUCAAUCGAGUUUAUGCGCUAUAAAUUGAUGUUAUGUGCCAUACAUUGAUGUUAUGUACAAAUACAUCAAUGUCAUAAAUCGAUACAACUAAAAGAUAAACCGAUACAACUAAAAGAUAAACCGAUAAAACCAAAAGAUAAACCGAUACAACGAAAAGAUGAGGAAACGGAAGUAAAUACACAUAAAAGAUGAGGAAACGGAAGUAAAUACAACUAAAAGAUGAGGAAGUCGAAGUAAAUUGGAAAAACGGAAGUAGAGCAAUUCGGCAAAAUCGCGCGUGCCAAGUGGUAGCCUGCGAACAGGCUCUCAAGCUGAAUUGAGAGCCUGCAUCGAUGACUAAUGAAUUUGAAUAUCUGCCCCGUAACGUUCGUUUUUCCAAAUAUGGAAUGUCUAUCCUUAUAUGGUGUUGUUUACAACUUUCGUGCAAACUAAAUUUAGACCGUGCAAACUAAAUUUAGACCGUACAGUUUAUACUGUUUUUCGAAAUAUAAGAUAUUCAAGCAAAAGUUCAAAUAUUUUAAAUACUGUUUUCUCAAAACAGAACAUUUCGUGCCUUGAUAUAAGACGGCCAAGACCAAUUUGAUCAGUUAAUGUGUUUUUUUUUAUGCAUAGUCUAGCAGUUGACAUAUAUAGAGCUAAGCGGAAACAUAUAAAUUAUAGCAUCUGACCAAUGAGAAUUUCGCGUCACGAUUUGAGACGCAGAUAUUCAAAUUCAUUAGUCAUCGUUGCAGGCUCUCAAUUCAGCUUGAGAGCCUGUUCGCAGGCUAGCCAAGUGGCGCAUAUGAAUACAUAUUGAAAAACAUGGCAGAAGAGAGACAGGGCAGAGUACCAAAUGUUCAGGAUUUUGUUCAGUCAAUCCUCUUAAGAGCGGUGACCAAUUUACAGCAUUCUUCGCAAACACAUGAAGAAAACACAGUUUUCUUCAAUUUUCCACUCCUACGAUGAAUAACAAGUGCCAUAUAAAUCGGUAGAUAAUCUUCAAAGGUUUCUCAUACCAACACAUCUUUCAAGGACGAAUUAUAUAAACAUGUUAAUAACAACUUUAGUAAAGGAAAACUGUUAUGAGCAAAAUAACAAGUGUUUCUCGUGCCGAUUAUUUUCUGAAACACUCGGGCGCCAUCUUGAAAUUUGAGUUCGGGGGGGGGGGGGUGAAUGCCUCUCUUUAGCGCACUGGCUAAGCUUUUGGCGGCCGGUUACACUUUUUUGGCUGAGUUCCACCUCUGUAGUAUAUCCCCUGUGACUCUGUGGCUCGCAUCCUGUUACUGGACACAUUUUUCAAAAUAAAACUCAGCUGUUCAUUGGCUAUAGCAAGUUUCGUCGUCAGCGAUUUCGGUUUCGUGUUUUCGUUGCUUACGACCACAGAGUAGAGACAUAUGUCUCGUAUGUCUCUACUCUGUCACAGAAUAGAUACAGGACCAGAAGUAUCACUCAGACGAUAUUUUGUCCAAAAUUUUACGAGUGCUGACGUGAAAAUACGCCAUCAUAUGACGCCAUCCAGGAAUGCACACGGAAGUUUUUCAUAGGAAAACACAUAGAGAUUAUAAAUAACACUAGAGGAGGCAUCGAGUUUAAGAAUUGGGAACGCAGCUAAUGGGGGGCAAAUUCAAGUCCCGGAUAUAAAAUGUGCUCUCAUUGGCUGACUUGAAACUCGUCACCAAUGGGAACACGAAUACACAUCCGGGACUUGAAUUUGCCCCCCAAUAGUCGCGUUCCCUUUUUUUUACUGAAUUAAGAUUACAAUGCCUCCUCUAGUGUUAUUUAUAAUCUCUAUGGGAAAACAUAGGUACAAAGUGCCGGGUGCACUCCAGGAUGGCGUCAUAGCACACAAAAAAAUUUCGGACGUUUGCCAAAACAAAUAGGAGUGACACUUCUGGUCCGGUAUCUAUUCUGUGACUCUGUGUUACGACGAAACUUGCUAUAGCCCCAGAGUAGAGAUCAUAUGUCUCUACUCUGUGCUAUAGCCAAUGAACAGCUGAGUUUUAUUUUGAAAAAUGUGUCCGGUAACAGGAUGCGAGCGGAAGCAUAGUCACAGAGAAAAAAUUCGACAAAACACCGUAAACUUUCGUACUUUGACAAAAAAAGUUACAGACAGGUUAGUAAAAUUAUCCUUGUUUAUAUUUAUGUUGUUUUUAGGGCUACUUUCUUUCUGCUUUUUGAAAUACUACAGAUAUAUUUCUUGUGUGUAGUUCAAACAGUUCAAAACAAAGGACGGACCAUUUGAUUUUUCGUAAGGCAAAUCCGAAAAAAAAUAUCGAGCAUGUCUCGAAUGGAAGAAAAAAAAAUCGAUCAUCACUAACACCAGCAAAAAAAAAUCGAUCAUCACUAACACCAGCAAAAAAAAAUAUCCAGCACAAAAAAAUUCUAAAUUAGCAAUACUCUAUAUUGAAAGAAAAAUUCAGUUUCCUUGAGUUUUUUUUCUGUUGAUUGUUUCGGUUCCGCCUUGGUUAACAGUACCGGAAAUAUACAUGCAAAAUACUAACCGAUACAAACCAGUUCUGACAACUUUGACUUAAAUAAUUCAAUUAUCCAAUCUUAACACUGAAAGUCCCACACUUCUGUAAAUAUGACAUCGAUCAAUGAGGGUGGGAAAGGGGGGGGGGUAUGGUUCACGUUUCACAAAAAAAACUGUUUCACAAUUCACGUGCCUUAAAAAAGCAAUUUCACAUUUCACAGAUAACGAGACUCUAUUAAAUAAAAAUAAUAUAAUAAUAGAUUUUGUUGCAUUAUUUGGACCCUAUACUGGGGCAUUUGCAAUGUUUUUUUUGCCAAAAUGACAAAAGCCCGACAAACGCCCGGGGGGGUGUUGGGCACCCGUGGAAUUGAUUGAGACAUUACCUCUGUUCUAUUCUAUGUGUGAACUACUGUAGAACACUAACUAGGCAUGAAUAUUUAAAGUUGUGAAUUGCAUUGCAACACUGUAACUAACUUUGCCAAAUCUAUCUAUUAUACAAAUUAAUAUGUUCUGUGUGUUUGAAUUGUACAAUACCUAUUGUGAGAUUACAGCUGUCCUGAGAGCUUUUAAAAUAUCAUUUUCCAGCAAGGCAAGGAGCUCCAUUAAAGCCUUGUCCCAUUAAGCAGAUUCUAUUUACAUCCAAAUAAACAGCAACUUGCGAAUAUAUUUAUUGUUGCAAUUUACGAAGUUCCAACUUUGUGAAAAUUGUGAACUUUGGUCGUCUAUUUCAGGCUUCCAGCCUUCCAAGUUUACUCAUAUAAGAUGACUUUCGGUUUAUAAAGUCUGGCUGAUGGGAAAACUAUUAAGUUUCAUCGAAAAAAUGAAGAAAAUAUGCACAAAAUCGAUGAAAUUAUUUCCAAAUACGCUCCCAAGUAAGCGGCCAUCUUGAAUCCAGCGACUGAAAGUAAUGACGUAAUGUUUGACAAAAAAAUGACGUAGGUCAUUUUGUGACCAACAAUCCGCGAUGAAGCCGAAACCUAUAGUCGCUGGAGGCACAGUGUGCCCCAGCGACUAAUAAGAAGUUAUGAAUAUUCUGAUCUUUUAAACAUAAUUAUAAUACAUGAGUAAGUAUAAUACCAUUUCUAACUUUCUAUUUAACAACACUACACCUGUCCUAUUGCCCGUGAUUAGGGGCGGACCAUUUGAUUUUUGAGGGGGGGGUGGAAGAUUCAGUCUGUGCAAGAAUUUUUUUUCCGCCCAGGCGAACGAGACAGAUAUUUUUUUCCUGUAAAAGUGCAGCGCAAGAUAUUUUUUUCCCAAUAUAUUUGGCCGCAGGAUAUUUUUUUUGCCUCUCAUAAUAACGGCUUACAGUAACUUUAGGCUUUCAUAUAGCUAUCAUCGGAGACGUAGCAGGGGUUUUCAGUCAGAGGAGGCCGAGAACUGAAUCCCAAGAGGGGCCAAGGAAUUUUCACUGUGCUUUAUUUUAUAUGGUUAUGUCUUAAUGUUCCCCACACUAAAGCGUGCAAGUUUACUUACAAAGAAUGUAUAACUGCACCAAAACCUAAAACAUGCAGGGAUAGAGUAGAGUACUCGAAAAUGGGGAGGGUACAGUAUAUGAAUGACCUGUAACCUUGGGGGGUUCGGGGGCAUGCUCCCCCGAGAAAAUUUUAAAAUUUGAACCUCGGAAAUGCUAUUUCCUGCGUUUUCAGCCAUGGAUAAUUAUCUUAAGCCCAGAUUUUCUCAGGGGGGGGGGGCAACAAUUUUGCCAGGGAACACCACUGGCUAUCGUAUGUCAGAGGCUCCAAAGGCGGUAGAAUCCCUGUGAUGUUAUCCACUGUUCACCCCGUGUUCUUUUAAGCAAAUGUGCCUGCUCAAAAAUGCAAAAUCUUGCAAGCCUGUGGACACAAUACUGAAGUGAAGAGCAUCAGUAGAGUUACAUGUAGAAAAUUUUUUUUUGAGCGCUCUCUUUUGCAUGAUAUUUUUUUUUCUCGAUUGUGUGCUGCAUGAUUUUUUUUUCUUUCUCCUUGGGUUGCAGGAAAUUUUUUUUCGAAAUCUUCCACCCCCCCUCCCUCAAAAGUCAAAUGGUCCGCCGCUUAGCCUUCCAGUUUGGGGCCAUUCACAAAGGAUGUCCGAGCCGAGGGGGGGGGUGGAGGGGGGGUUGGAAAAUCAGGACAAACUCGGACAUAGGGGGGGAAGCGGGGGGGGGUUAGCAAUCCGGAUGUCCGAAAUUUAAAAAAAUUCAAAAACAAAUUUCUUUUUCCCUCUUUUUUGAGCAGUCCUUCCCAUUGUGAAAUUGGCAUUUUGACUAUGCAGUUAACACUAGAUUUUGUUUUACUUAGUAAUUUAUAUGUUUUUGUGUUCACAUUUACAGUUAUAAAAAAGUUCUAAAAGUAAAAAAGAUAUAUACAAGGUUGUGUGAGUUUUUGCGAGGCAUGGCGGAUGUCCGGGGGGAGGGGGGGUCACUAAUUCGGACAAUGCCGGACAAGGGGGGAGGGGGGCUCUGAAAAUCCAUCAUUUGGCCGGACAUCCUUUGUGAAUGGCCCCUUUAUAUUUACACGGCAAAAAACCCGCUCAGGUUGAUGCAAUACUGAUGAAAACAGGAUUGAACAAUGUUUUGCUGCCCACAUUGUUCAUAGCUGUCAACAAUAUUGAACAAUAUUGUUACACUCGAUUCAGGUUCAACAACAUUGUUCAAUAUUGUUGACAAGUGUGAACGACGUGGGCAGCAAAAGUACAUUGUUCAUCCUGUUGAGCAACGGGCUCGGCGUUUUUGGUUAUAGAUUCAUGUCUCGCUAUUUAUAAUGCUAACCCCAAUCCCCACCCUAACCCUAACCGCUAACCCUAUUAGCGAGACAUGAAUCUAUAUCCGCGUUUUUUGCCGUGAUUGCCGUGAUAUAGUUCAAUGACAAUGGCUAUACCUAUACUCUGUGGCUAUACAUAACUCGGCCAGGGGGCCUGGGACACGUGAACGCAAUAGUUCAUGUUAAGAAUAGUGUGCUGCCUUCGGCAGCAAAAACUCAUCAACAAUUAUGAGGAAAAUACAAAAGAAACGAAUGUUUAAUCAAUGUUUGUAAAUUGGAUAAAGAUUUGUCCUGAUUUACAUAGACUUCAGCUUUGAUUUUCUCGGCUUAGACAAUGUUUAUUUUUAAAAUUACUUCGCCAAUUAACUCAUACAUCGGUCGCCUUUUAAGCACGUUCGAUAUUUCGUUCGUUUCGCACGUUCGAUCAUUCGCAUCCGAUCUUUAUCUGAUAUACAAACUCUCGCCUCAGUUCGGCUCAAGUAUGUAUAUCAGAUAAAGAUCGGCUGCUCAUGUUUUAACUAGCACUAAAAAUUCACUGGCGAAGUAAUUUUAAAAAUAAACAUUGUUCAAGCCGAGAAAACCAAAGCUAAAAUUUAAUAUGUAAAUUAACAUGAUUUUUUAUCACAUAUAAAAUGAUAUAGAAUCAUUGUUCCUCGUCAAUGUCACAUAUAACAAAAUCAAUUGAUGUGAUGUAAACUAUAUCCAACACAACAAUAUUUCACGCAUAUUUCCGCAGGUUAUUCAAAGAUAGUCGCGUUGGAGUCUACUGGUGCUAUUUACGAUUAUGGCGGUAAGUUCAAAAUAUAUGUGUUUUGGAUCUCUUGACUAAAUUCGGCAAACUCUUAAAUUAAGUUUAUACAUUUUGUGUAGUACUUAUAGUUUUUACUGUUGCUUAAAUACUGGUUGAAUGAUAAUACUGACAAUUAUCCAAAUGUAAUUUUUAGAGUAAUAAGUAACAGUUAAUUGUCUUCUGAAAACAAAAGUAGCAAGACAACAACAACAACAACAACAACAACAACAACAACAACAACAACAACAACAACAACAACAACAACAACAACAACAACAACAACAACAACAACAACAACAACAACAACAACAACAGCGACCACAACAGCGACAACAACAGCGACAACAACAGCGACAGCAACAACAACGGCAACGACAAUGACAACAACAGCAACAACGACGACAGCGACAACGACAACAACAGAUUUAUUUUCUUUAUUUAAGGUGAUUGGCCCAUUAUUCCUGGAAGUCUCAAGCAAAUUGACCAUGGGCUGAGCACAGCAGUAUGGGGUGUGAACCGUCAUGAUGCCAUAUAUCGUUUGAAAAAUGACAAGUUGGGUUGGCAAAGAAUCGCAGGGGCUCUGACACAUGUGUCGGCAGGCGAAGCAGGAAUUUGGGGAGUGAACGGAUAUGAACACAUUUACUAUAGAAUUGGCGUGACCGAAAACAACCCAUCUGGCACAUCUUGGAAACUCAUACCUGGCAAAUUGAAACAAAUCGAUUCUGGUCCAAGUGGUAUUGUAUAUGGAGUGAAUAUUCAUGAUCAAAUCUACUGCCGUACAGGGAUCGAGUAUGGUAAUCCCUUUGGUACUGGUUGGAAGCAAGUGACCAGCUAUGGUAGGCUGAAAUACGUCAGCUGUGGUGUUCUUGGUUGUUGGGGUGUUAACAGCACCGAUGGCAUAUGGUAUCGUUCUGGGAUAACCAAGGAAAAUUGCGUUGGUGCAAAAUGGCAUGACAUACCUGGAAAACUUAAGCAGAUCGAGGUCGGCGCAGCUGGUGAUGUAUAUGGCAUUAAUUCUGCCGGAAACGUCUACCGUCGUAGUGGUAUCUCUGAGUUACGCCCCAUGGGUAGUGGCUGGCAAAGGAUCCAGGAGAAUGGUUCCCACAUUACUACUGGCUUGAAUGGACUGUACUUGUUGAUUAAUGGUCAAAUACAUUAUUCUAGUGGUAGGUAUUUAAGAAUAUGUUGAUACUCAUUAAUAAAUUCAGGAUUGUUUCUCAGAAUACUUUUCCUCCUCUAAUUCAGGUUGUCCAGGACGUUCUCCGUAA